UUGAGCCUGAGCCGAGCCCGAGGUAGCUGUCUCCUCCCGGUGUCAUUGCUGCAGCCUCCAGUGCCGGGUCCCCAGUUCCUCAGCCGCCUCUCUUCAAAAUCGUCUGCAAAGACAGCGAAGCCGCCGCAGAAGUUGCCGGGCACAAGACUCCGGAGGCAUUGGCUCAGUAACUUUUCACGUCAUUUUCUGCACCGAAGCCCCUUCUCGCGUCUCCGCGCCGCCUUUCCCACCGCAAAUCACAGGGCUCAUGGGGCAGGGGAAGAGCGGCUUGCGGCACUGAGCGGAACCGGACUCGAGCCCGUGAUGUCCGGUACCAAACUGGAGGACUCCCCCCCUUGUCGCAACUGGUCAUCUGCUUCGGAGCUGAAUGAAACUCAAGAGCCUUUUUUAAACCCCACCGACUAUGACGACGAGGAAUUCCUGCGGUACCUGUGGAGGGAAUACCUACACCCGAAAGAAUAUGAGUGGGUCCUGAUCGCCGGCUACAUCAUCGUGUUCGUGGUGGCUCUCAUUGGGAACGUCCUGGUUUGUGUGGCAGUGUGGAAAAACCAUCACAUGAGGACAGUAACCAACUACUUCAUAGUCAACCUUUCUCUGGCUGAUGUGCUCGUGACCAUUACCUGCCUCCCAGCCACAUUGGUUGUGGAUAUCACCGAGACCUGGUUCUUUGGACAGUCCCUCUGUAAAGUUAUUCCUUAUUUACAGACCGUGUCAGUGUCUGUGUCUGUUCUCACACUGAGCUGCAUUGCCUUGGAUCGAUGGUAUGCAAUCUGUCACCCUUUGAUGUUUAAGAGCACAGCCAAGAGGGCCAGGAAUAGCAUUGUCAUCAUCUGGAUUGUCUCCUGCAUUAUAAUGAUUCCUCAGGCCAUAGUCAUGGAAUGCAGCACCAUGCUCCCUGGCUUAGCCAAUAAAACCACUCUCUUUACUGUGUGUGAUGAGCGCUGGGGCGGUGAAAUUUACCCCAAGAUGUAUCACAUCUGUUUCUUCCUGGUCACAUAUAUGGCACCACUGUGCCUUAUGGUGUUGGCCUAUCUGCAAAUAUUUCGUAAACUCUGGUGUCGACAGAUCCCUGGAACAUCAUCUGUAGUUCAGAGAAAAUGGAAGCCCCUGCAGCCUACUUCACAGCCUCGAGGGUCGGGACAGCAGACCAAGUCCAGGAUUAGUGCUGUGGCCGCUGAAAUAAAGCAGAUCCGAGCCAGACGGAAAACAGCCCGGAUGCUAAUGGUUGUGCUUUUGGUGUUUGCAAUUUGCUAUCUACCGAUUAGCAUCCUCAACGUGCUAAAGAGAGUUUUUGGGAUGUUUACCCACACAGAAGACAGAGAGACUGUAUAUGCCUGGUUUACAUUUUCACACUGGCUCGUAUAUGCCAAUAGUGCUGCGAACCCAAUUAUUUACAAUUUUCUCAGUGGAAAGUUUCGAGAGGAAUUUAAAGCUGCAUUUUCUUGCUGUUGCCUUGGAGUUCACCAUCGCCAGGAGGACCGGCUCACCCGGGGCCGGACCAGCACAGAGAGCCGGAAGUCUUUGACCACCCAGAUCAGCAACUUUGACAACAUAUCAAAACUCUCCGAGCAAGUUGUCCUCACCAGCAUAAGCACACUCCCAACAGCCAAUGGAGCGGGGCCACUUCAAAACUGGUAGAAUCUUCUUUCAUAUGACAGGGAUAUCUGAGUAAAACUAUUCUUUUUUAAAAAUGUCUGUACACACAGAUUUUAUUAUCCUAGCGAUCUGAAGCUAAAAUUACUUUGUGGCUCUUUCUUUCUUCUUUCUUUCUUUCUUUCUUUCUUUCUUUCUUUCUUUCUUUCAUUUUCAUCUAUUGCUCUUUGGAAAUAAAAAACAAAGUCAGUUUAAAAUAAUUUCUCCACUUUUGAUUUAAACAUGGUAGAAGUCUGACCUUCAACUGAAUUUAUUUCAGGCUAUUUCAGUUUUAGUUUCAUGUAUUAUGAUUUAUGUCAAUUAAAUGUUUGAAUAUUUUUAAUUCUAAUUGUUAUUUUAAUCUCUCACCUUCAGAUCGAUUGCAAAAAAUUACCAAAAGUUAUCCAAUGAUUUUCUUUGGUUUACUAAAAGAAGUAGCAAUUACUAACUCUGCAUUAACAAGACAUGUUAGUUGAUUUCAUAGUUUUAAAAAAAUCACAAAAGACUCAUUAUGAUGUGCCAUCUGAGAGAAUAUUUAUAUACAAAAUAGCAUAUUAUAUUAGAUAACCCUCAAAAGCUAUCUUUCAAAACUAUCUAAAAAUAUAUACUGUUAAACUUUAUUUUCCAUGAAUCUUAUCACCCAUUUACACACUUUUCUCAGGUCUGUAACCUUACCAUUGCUAACGUUUGUCAUCCCAACAUAUGGCCAGUAAGACUGUAUUACAAUAACAAUUUUGGAGUAACUACAGAUACAUAAUGAUCUCCAUAUCUAAGAAAAGACUUCAGCAUUUGAGAAUCAGGAUUCUUCUAACCAAUGAAAAUGAUAUAGUUGGCCUUGCAGGAUUAGAUUAAGAAUACAAUUUACAAAGGAAAGGGGCAGAGGACUACCAAGUCACAGCUGGGUCCCAUAUGGGAGAGUUACUCCUGCCAUGGAGAUUCCUUGGUAAAUAUUUGCAUUUAUUUACAUUUCAUAAGAAAUUAUCAAAUAUUUAUGGAAGCGCACCCACUGUGCUAGGUGCUAGGGAAUGAGGUAGGGGUGGAUGUACACGUGCCUUCAAAAUUGCUCUAGGUUACUGAGGGGGACAUGUUGAUAGAGUUUGCAGGGCAGCCAACUUCUCUGGGGGACAGAUUUGAACAUGGGUGGAGCAGCGGAGCAACCCACAUGGGACAUAGACAGUAGAGUUGCGCUGUUUCCCAUUCAUUCAGUGACACAGUCUAUGUCUGCAGACUCCAUGUAGACCAACAGGUGGAUAGAAUGUAAAUGCUGGCUCUUAGCUCACACCCAAAUGAGGAGCCGCCCAGCAUAUUUUGUACAAAUGUGAGAUCUGCAAUUCAAAGCACUGGAUAUUUUAAACUUGUCCCUCUUCAAAAUCUCUCUAAUUCAAAUAUUCACUUUAAAAUUGAAUUAAAAGUAAAAGAUAUUCAUGAAAGCUGCUCUUCUCCUCAUGUGAUAGCAGCAGGUGUCCUUAUUUUACUGAAAUACAAGAUGUGGAGAACAAUAUUUAAGAAAGAUUUUUAUAGAAGGUAACAAAUAAUCUUGUUCAUCUCUAUUUCCCAACUCAUCGCUUUCUGAAAGAAGUAACACAGCCAGAUUUUCCACAAGUUGUUUUCCUGUUUUAGAAUGUGUGGCGACCGUGUGCUUUUUACUACUCAAAGCCAAAACGACUCUCACAUACAAGGUUUACUGAAAUUCACUUGUUAAUUAUGAGAAAGAUAUCAACAAAAGCGAAAUGUUAUAACUCUCUCCUUUCUUCCCUUUGUACAUUGGAGAACUUUUUAAAUUAUGCUGCAUGAAAGGAGGGUUGUAAUUUUCAGAUUGUCAUAGGAGCUAGCAUUUUAAAUAGUUUGAGGGUACUUCAAGUAAUACUGAUAAUAUGCCUUAAUGCCGAAGUAGUGUCUCAGAAUAAGAGCUAAGUUAUUUAGAUUGUAAUAUAUCUAGUUCUUUAUCAUUUAAGAAAGAGAGGGAUUGGGAGAGGGAGAGCAAGCCAGAGGGAGUGGGAAAUGGAGAGAGAAAGAGGCUCAGAGAAGCAGCAGUUGUAUGAUUGCCUAUUAAGGACAAACUCAGAAGUCAAGAUUCCUUUGCUGUAAAUCAGUGAUUCUCAAAAUGUGGUUUCUGAACCAUCAACAUCAGCAUCACCUAAGAACUUACUAGGCAUGCACAUUUCCACCCUAUCUCAGAUCUGCUGAAUCAGAAACUUUGGAGGUGGCAGCCAGAAAUCCGCGUGUUAACAAGCCCUACAGGUGAUUCUGAAACACCUUAACAUUUGAGAACCACUGCUCCAAUUCCCACCUGACACCUGCUAAAUAGCCCACGAAGUAUUUUACUGCACAGCUGUCUACAACGGGCACGAUCGUCAUCACUACUGUCAGCCUGGCCAAAGGUCUGAAAGAAGAGGUUGAGUAUCAAUGAUGAAUGUCACUCACUGUCAUCCUACUCAAAGAAAUAGUGCUUUACAAAACAGUGGCCCCUGUGUUAUAAGUGCAGGGUCAAAGAAGGCUGGUUUUAAAGCACUUGUGUACUUUAUGGAUACCUGGAUGACUUGAGUUCCUAACUAAAACUUUUAAAUCUCCACCGUCACUUACACUUACUAAAGGCAAAGUUUUGUGGAAGCAGACAGUUUCUAAGAAUGAUCAUUGCCUGGAAGGAAAACAAGCAAAAAACCACCAGUACCUACCAGAAACCGUGGUAAUGGAGUAGAAUCUGACUGUGCAGGUUGCUUCCAAUGUGUUGAUACAGGAAUCCUUCUAAGAGGUCUGGAUUUAGAGUGGUUACCUUACUAGGACAAAUGGUAAAGAAAGAGGUGUUCCCCAAACCUGCCAAUCUUAUGGAACAAAGGGUCAACUACUCACCUCAUUAUGUGCUAAAUAACACAAAUGAGAGACUUCUUAUGAAAAGAAUGUGUUGCAACUGUUUUAUGCUAUACAUAGACUAUCGCUCUUUUUUGCUAUGUUUCAAGAUUUAAUGUAAAAUGUCAUUAGUGUUACUGAAAUUUUGUUAUCAACAAGGAUGUGAUGAUUUUAUCUAACACAGAAUGCAUUUGAACUUCAUUAUUUCUGAAUUUCUACAAACCCAUGAUAUUUGAUAUUUGAAUUCGUUCAUUCUUGGGAAGGGACAGCUCCCAGUUUCUGAGGAAAAUGAUGUAUAUUCUCCAAGUCUUAGAGUGUUUCUUGGAUAUUAAAUGUUACAAACUAUUGAUGAGUUAAUUGCAAAAGUGUUAGGCAUGAUGAUAUUGAAUUUCACUCCCAGUGUACAUUAUUUUAGCAAAGAUACAGCUAAAUAUGCUUAUAAAAUGUAGCCUGAAUAUACAUAAGCCUGAAAUAUCAGAAUGACAAACACCCAAACAUGCUUGUGGACACAGAUUGUGAGGAGGGCUAUCAUUGUUUUAAUACCAGUGUAAUAAUAAUAGAAUCUUUCACACUUGAUAUAAAUCACAAUCAUAAUCAGCUGCGUUUCAAAACAAAUCUGGUUAGUCAUUGCAAUUUAGAAAGUUUUUCAAUUACAGUUAAUUUUACAACUUUUCUACUUUCUACAAGUUGCAAGUCAAAAAAAGGAAAUUCCAUUAGUUACGUACAAUUAGUUUUCAAAUGGCAUGAAGCAAAAUAAUUGACUUUUUAGAGAUAAUAUGUAAACAAAAAAUAUUGUUAAAGCCUAUUCUACUACUUUAUGUACCUCAGAAAAUGAAGUGCAAAGGCAUGGAAAACACUGUUAUCUUCCCAAAUUCAAAGAGGAUUGUUUUCUAGAAUACUGCUGCAAUUAAAGUGGGAGCAAAACAAACUCCCUCCCAUUUGCCACGUAUUUCUAUUCUCUUAAAUUUUCUUUCUCAGUUUUGGGGUUAGAAUGUCUUUGAAGUUUUUCAUGAAAUGUAUUUCUAUAACUGUUGUAUCCCAUGUGUGUGAAAUCAUGUCACUUGUUUAACAAUUAUCUUAGACAUUUAAAGUUCUUUAUGUCUGAUUUACUGUGUCUUCAUGAAGAAAUUUCUUAUCAAAUCCAUUGAGAUUACAUACCAACUAUGAAAGAUGCUCACUAUGCAGUUUUUCUUAAAUUUUUUUUAAUGUUUAUUUUUGAGAGAGACAGAGACAGAGACAGAGACAAAAUGUGAGCAAGGGAGGAGGGGCAGAGAGAGAGGAAGACACAGAAUUCGAAGCAGGCUCCAGGCUCUGAGCUGCCAGCACAGAGCUCAACACGGGGCUUGAACUCAUGAACUGUGAGAUCAUGACCAUGACCGCUUAACCAACUGAGCCAUCCAGGUGCCCCUCAUUAUGCAGUCUUUAAGUAAAAACCAUAUUGAGAGUUGUAUAAUCACAUUCACACUGACCUCUCUAUUGUAUGAAAAAUCUUGUUGUCGGUUGGAUAUGUUGGAUAUUCACUCAUAACUAGUGUCAAAUCUUUGCAGUUAAGGAUUAAAUUAAGCCCUCUGGUGCAGUACUUAAUGAUCCAAAUAUUUUUCCCAAUAAGUUUAUAUAACCGGGGAUAAUCAUGAUAGAAAAGGUGUUUAAUGUUGUUUUGGAGAGCAGGUACUAAAAUAAGGAUGGUUAAGAUUAAAACAGAAAUGUUUCAUAAAAAUUAUUGAAAACUAUUUACAUGUAUCAUUAAAUUUGGGAACUUUUAUCAGA